AUGAAAGUCUUCAAAAAAACUCUUGAUGAAAGUCUACAAACGGUAUGCGAGAAACUACGAGACAAUGGCGGUCAUCUUCCUCAGCGUAAACGUCGAGUUGGUAAGUCAAUUCCUGAUUUCAAACUAGAGGAAAUAAAAGAACAUAUUGCUUGUUUCCCUUGCACAGAAAGCCACUACGGCCGCAACAAAACCACUAAAAAGUUUUUGAAUUCCGAGCUCAACCUUCAAGUUCUUUAUAACUUAUACAAACUGAAGACUGAUGCUCCAGUAAGCAAAACCAUCUUUAAAAAGGUCUUUGAAACCAUGAACUUAUCCUUUAAAAAGCCAUCUGUAGACACUUGUUCAAAAUGUGACCGCAUCAAUAUGAAACUCAAGUAUGCAUCUGUGGAUCAGGCUGCAAAUCUGAUAGAGACGUUCAAGGAGCAUCAAGAGGCGUUUAAGGCUGCUUACGAAGAGAAAAAGGCAGAUAAACAACUGGCUCAAUCGAGCGAAGUUGUAGCUGUCAUAACAUUUGAUUUGCAACAAUGUUUACCCAUACACGAUUUUUACAUUUAA